CCGCCAAACAUAACUACCAGAGAUUUCGAAGCUCCUGCGAUGGCGGAAUCGAUUCAUAGGAUCCCGCGAUGGAUGGAUUUCCAGAGGGAAACGGCGUCCAUCGAUUUUGCGAUACGACGCUAAUUAAGGUAAACUACUCGGUACGUUUUUCCAGUUUUCCAAUAAUAUUGGCUUCUCAAUAAUGUUAUCUGAUCUAUUCCACAAAAUCCUGCUCUCGCUCCGUUUGUUACAUUCGUAGAAAUAUAUAUGCGCCAAACGAUGAAUGUGCUGUGAAUCUCGUUGUUCUCCCAAUCUACGAUUGUUUAUCGAUUCCGUAACCUGUUUGUUUGUUGAUACCGUUUGAGAUUUGAUGUUUGUGUAAUGAGUUGAAGCAAUUUGGGGAAAUUAACGAACAUGAAACACUGCUGUAAAAUUUUCGUACCGUGCAAGAACAUGCAUUUUCUAGGAUCGUCAUUUGCAGAAUCUCCGCACAUUUUGUCCAGCCCAAAGUGUGUGUCGAGUUUCCCAUUAGGUGCUCAAAAGAAUGUUUCUCCUCAAGUUUCGGGGAUCAGAAGCAUUUUUAGCCUAUCCAGGAAGUUGAAUUCUUCCCUGGGUUUGAAGUCAGGACAAUCGAGGCUUUUCUCGAGUCGUAAUUUGGCUGAAAGAACCAAUUGUUUGGUUGCUUGUGUUCCAUCUUACAUCAAGAACUUGUCAACAUCUAAUGGAGGAAACGAAAAUGAUGAGAAUGCAAAGAAAGUAUAUGUUCGAGAUUGCUCUAAUUCUAAUCCACUUGAGGUCGAGAAAAUUGAUUUGAAUGAGAGGGAAAAGAAAGAGGAAGAGGUAGAGAAUGUAGCCAGGGAAGAAAAUAAUAACCAAGUGGUUAAAGAUUCUGGCAACAAGGCAGAAACUGAGAGUUUGAACCAGGCUGAGAAUGUAAAGGAUGUCGAGAAAAAAGAGACUGAGGCCGAAAAGGAGGCUUGGAAGCUGCUCAGGAAUGCAGUGGUGACAUAUUGUGGGAGUCCUGUUGGUACUGUGGCGGCAAACGAUCCCAAUGACAGUAUGCCACUCAAUUACGAUCAGGUGUUUAUAAGAGACUUCAUCUCUUCAGCCCUUGCAUUUUUGCUCAAGGGUGAGGGGGAAAUAGUGAAGAAUUUCUUGCUUCAUAACCUGCAGCUUCAGAGUUGGCAGAAAACAGUGGACUGUUACAGUCCGGGGCAAGGAUUGAUGCCAGCAAGUUUUAAAGUCAGAAUAGUGGCUUCAGACGGUGAAAAUGUUGAAGAGGCUCUGGAUGCCGAUUUCGGGGAGUCAGCCAUCGGGCGAGUGGCGCCUGUGGAUUCUGGGCUUUGGUGGAUCAUCUUAUUGAGAGCAUACGGUAAGCUUACCGGCGACACAACAUUACAGGAAAGAGUAGAUGUUCAGACAGGAAUAAAGCUCAUCUUGAAUCUCUGCUUGUCCGAUGGCUUCGAUAUGUUCCCGUCUUUGCUGGUGACUGAUGGCUCGUGCAUGAUUGAUCGACGGAUGGGUAUUCAUGGACAUCCUUUGGAGAUUCAAUCGCUAUUCUACUCAGCUCUUAGAUGUGGUCGUGAAAUGCUCGUAGAAGAUGAAGGAUCCAAGAAUUUGGUAAGUGCCAUUAACACGAGGCUAAGCGCGCUGUCGUUUCACAUCAGAGAAUACUAUUGGGUCGACCUGAAAAAGAUCAAUGAGAUAUAUCGAUACAAGACUGAGGAGUAUUCGACAGAAGCUACUAACAAGUUCAACAUCUACCCUGAACAAAUCCCUCACUGGUUGAUUCAUUGGAUCCCCGAGAAUGGCGGAUAUCUCAUCGGCAACCUGCAGCCGGCCCAUAUGGAUUUCAGAUUCUUCAUGCUCGGUAACCUCUGGUCGAUUGUAUCCUCCCUGGGCACGCCAAAACAGAAUGAGUCUAUACUGAACCUCAUCGAUCAUAAAUGGGAGGAUCUCAUCGGACAGAUGCCUCUUAAGAUAUGCUACCCUGCUGUCGAAUCUGAGGAUUGGCGAAUAAUCACUGGAAGCGAUCCAAAGAAUACACCUUGGUCGUAUCACAACGGUGGAUCUUGGCCGACACUUUUGUGGCAGUUCACGUUGGCAUGUGUGAAGAUGGGCCGGACUGAUCUGGCCAGGAAGGCGAUCGAUGUUGCCGAGAAGAGGCUUCCUAUGGACGGCUGGCCUGAAUACUACGACACGGAGAAGGGCAAGUUCAUAGGAAAGCAGGCUCGGCUAUUCCAGACAUGGUCCAUCGCCGGUUUCCUGACAUCGAAGAUGCUGUUGGAGAAUCCGGAGAAGGCAGCAAAGCUGUUCUGGGAGGAAGACUAUGAACUCCUGGAAAUCUGCGUCUGCUCGUUGAACAAUUCUAACCGAAAGAAAUGCUCCCGCGGCCUCGCCAAGUCUCAGAUUCUAGUCUGA